AUGAUACGUUAUAUAGAAAACAUAUAUUCAAAUUGUAAUGGAGAAUCUCAAGAAGACAUUUUUGCAAAACAUUUUGGAAAAAGUCAGAUAAGGAACUUUGUACAUACAGAUAACAAUUUCGAAAAUGCUUAUGAUCACUGGAACUAUUAUCAUUUUAAGGAUAAAUCAAGUGCAGAUGAAAAUAUAGACAAAAAGAAAGUAAAUCAGGGUUUAAGUGAUCAAAAUAAUUCUGAGAAAGGAGAUACUGUCUUUAAAUUUUGCUCAGAUGAACAUGGACAAAUGAAUAUCAUGAAAAGAAAUUUGAUUGGUAUUUACAUUCCCCAAAAUAAAAACAUUCACUCUGUGGAUAUUAAUUAUUUUUACAUUUUUAAAAACUUGAAUAAUUCAUUUAAGGGGAAAUUAUUUUUUGAAUUAUAUUUCAUAUUGCCGAACAGUAUUUUCUUUUUAUCAUUUGUUGAAAUUUUUAAGGAAUUAAUUUAUUACGAAAAGGUUAUUGCAUACACAAAAAGGGAAAAUAAAAAUAGAAAAUUCAAUUUACAAAAGAAGACAAAAAAUAAUUUGCUAAACAAAAUUUAUAGAAAUAAAAAAUAUGAUUUAAAAAAGGAGCUUAGAAAAAAUUUCGAAAGGAUACUUUUGCAAAAAAAGUACACAAAAAUAAUUUACGAAGAUGCUGCUGAGCUGUGUUCAUUCUUUAGGAAUUUUUUAAAAAUCAAUUCACAUAAUUUUAUAGAUUUGCAUCACCUAUAUCAAUAUGUAAUAUCGUUAUAUGAAGUAAAACUUUUAAAACAUAAUAUUUUUACAGCUAUUCCAAUUUUGUUUCCUGACAUAUUUAGCAACUCACUGGUUUGUGAAUAUGAGAACGUAGAAAGUACACAGGGAGAUGUUGACGCUAGGGGGGAUAAGCCACCGGGUAAGAAACGAAUAGAUCAACUUUUGUGUAAAAAUAAAAUAGACAUUCCUUGGAAUGAAAAUUACGCAGGAACAUUGAAAAAUGAAAAGACACCGUCUGAAUCACGAAAAGGUAAAUUAUCAAAGGGUGGAGGAAAAUUCAAAGUUUUUUACAAAAGGAAGAAAAAUAUUAUAUCCAUAUAUAGCAACACCGAUGAUAAUAACGAGCUCUUUAAUUUUGAAAAGCAUUUAAUACACAUUUUGUAUAUAUUUCCGUGCACCUAUAAGUUAUUAGUAAAAUAUAGGGAUGUGGAAGGAUACAACAUUUGUUACAAAAUGAAUAAAUGUAUUGACAAGUACAACUUGCUCAAUAUUUUUAAAGUUAAUCUGAUAAACAGAAAAAAUGCAAAAUUAUGUUGCAGUGUGAGAACAAACAAAAGAAAGGAAAUUAUCAGCUCCGAAUUUGACACAAGUAGCUAUAACAUGAACAGUAAUAUUCUUCUUAACUCGGUGUGCAGCAAAUUAGAUAUGAACGAAGAGAUAAUAUAUAACCAUCACUUAGUUGUAGGUAAAAAUAUAUAUGCAUAUAUACACGAAAUAAAUAGGUGCACCAAAAAUAUAGUUUUCCGCUUUAAUUUAAAUUCAAAAAAUAUCAUGUUUCGAAAUAUCAUAACGCAUCGGGUUAAAUCAAUCUUUGGGGAGAACAACAGAAAUGUGUGUAAAUACAAUCGUUUAUUGAAAAACAUAAAUAAGGGUCUUUUUUCGCACAAUUCAAAAGUGCAAAUCAGUAGGAGUAAAAAAUUGUAUAAUUAUAAAAAUAAUAUGUUAAUUGGAUUAUUACAUGAUAAGGAAAAUAAUUUUCAUUAUUUUGAUGAUAAAAAUGUUGGGGAUAUAGUUCUGUGCAGCAUAUGUGAUAUUUCCAUGUGUGGAAAAUAUAUAUAUUUGCAGAGGUUUGACAAGACAAAUUUGAUAUUCCAUUUUCGUAAGGAGAAAUACAUUAACUUGGAAAAAAAUUUCGAUUAUGAUGAUAUUACGAAAUUGGAUAAAAGUGUAAUAAUGGAACUUUUCUAA